AUGCCAUACGGUCGUAACCCUGUUAUUGGAGACAAGUUCAGUAUUCGGCAUGGACAGAAGGGGAAGUUUAUAAAUGCUAAUUUAUUUCAAAAGUGCGCUGCCGACUCGAAGAGCAGCCAUAAAAAAAAGGAUGAGUCUCUUGUCGACAAGUAUGGAAAGCAGUUGAAGGAAUACGUUCGGUACCAAACAAUACCACUGUCUGUCGACAAUGUACAUCAUGAUCUUCCUGAUUUCAUCGCUGAGCCUGGGGUGCUACAACUAUCGAGCUCGGAACAUCGCGAGGCAGUUUCUGAAGUUCAUUUACCAGCUUCACAGGCAGGAGGAGGAGGAGGAGGCUUCAUGAUGAACUGCGGUCGCUCUGGGCUGCAUGAGACUCAGAGUCUGCGUCGCUGCCGCCCGAGGUUUUUCUUCUUCAUUCGGAUUGGGAGGUUCGGAUUCAGAAUCGCGGUCGGGAGAUAUAGAAAUGCCUUCCGCCGCCGGAGGGUCCGAGCCUUGCCGAUCGUCAUCAAGAGCAUGAGUAUUCGCAGCCGAGGCCGAAUCCAGCCCGCCGCUGUGCACCAUGAGCGUGAGCUGCGCGGGGAAGAAAGGCUCGAGGAGCCCGUAGCUCACCAUGGCGUUGAAGGCGACGAGGAAGAGCCACUUGGCGACGAGAAUGGCGAGCGAGCGAACGACGAGAUUCUGAAGGGGCCCGAUCAAGGAUAUGAGCGUCCCCAGGUCCCCCCGCCGCCGUUGACCAUGCGGCAGAACCUGAAGGCGAAGGAGAAGAGCUCGCGGGCGAGGGCCGGCUGCAUCACGAAGCGGUCCACCGAGUGGACGACCUGCGAUCGCCGGUCGGUCCACCAGGCCGAGUGCUCGCUGAGAGUCGAGCUGCGUUGUAAAUCAGCCCGUCGAGUACGUGCCUCCUUCAGGGUUUAG